CAGGUUGGCCCUCGCUGAUUGGAGGAGGUCACGUGGUCAGGUCUCGCCUCUCAGCCGGAGCCGGUGGGUUCUUUUGUCUCGGGCACGCGCCGAGUGCGGGACGGCAGCCGCGGGGACGCGCAUCAGGGCCAUAUGCAGCAGGUAUACGGGCGGACCGUAUAGGAUCCAUACGCACGGCCUCACGUGACAGCCGCGCAUGUGAGUCACUGGGGGCAGCUAUAAAGAAAGGUGGGCUCCUCCAUGUUCCAUCAGAAGGCAUAGGUGGGAUAUGACACCAACUGCAGACGCGUCUUCGGGAACUAUAGGGUAACCCUUUAGCCUCCGCAACCAAGAUGGAGUUCGAAUUUGACAUACACAAGAUCUUCCUGGAGCCGAUCAGCAAGCUGGACCACACUCUUAUCCCACAGCGACGGCCGCUUAUCUCCAGUUCUGAGGCCCAGCGACAAAUCACGACCGUCCUAGAUGUGAUUGGAAAGGCAUCAGCGAAGGCCCAGCGAUUACCUGCACCCAUAACCAGCGCGUCUCGGAUGCAGACAAAUCAGCAUCACCUCUACAUCCUGAAGGACUGCACCGCAAAAACCGCUGGCCGAGGAGUUGUGAUUGGUUUCCUCAAGGUCGGAUAUAAGAAGUUAUUUGUUCUGGACCACGCAGGAUCCCAUAUAGAAGCAGAGCCCUUGUGUAUCCUUGAUUUUUAUAUUCAUGAAUCUCUUCAGCGUAACGGACAUGGGAAGGAAUUGUUCAGCUAUAUGCUUAGAACCGAGCAGGUCGAACCUCAGCAUCUGGCUAUUGACCGUCCAUCUGAGAAGUUUCUUUCCUUCCUACGGAAGCAUUACAACCUUCGCUCAACUAUCCCACAGGUUAACAAUUUUGUCGUCUUUGAAGGUUUUUUCAGAGACAGAAAAGCCCCAGGAAGGAAGUUGCCCCCCAAGAGAGCAGACGGAGAGAUCAAACCGUACUCCCUCUCCGAGAGAGACUUUUUGAAACACGAGGAAGGCCUCCCUUGGCCCUUUAGCCAGUCGCCAUCAUCCCUUAACCGUAGCGGAAGUCUUGGUUCUUCCCCUACCCGGGCCUGCUCCAGACCCAUUCCUGGAGAGGACGACUUUGUGAAGUCACUCAGAAAUUGUAGACCUCACUCACUCCAAAGAGCGGCCAGUGGUGAACAGGAGGAUCCGUCCCAGAGAAGAAGGACCAGCGAUAUGAACCUCUCCCGCGGACUCAUGGCUCAGAGGAAUUGCUACAGCCGCUACACAUGUCCCUCUCCUCCACUUCUCCCCAGGGCGCCACCUACAGUGGACACUAAAGAAGAACAGAAGGAAGCUGCUAAAGGGGGUAAUAGAGGAGCGGUUGGAGGAGCCCCUCAGAAUGUGCAUUUUCAGCCCAACAGUAAUCCACAAAGCAAAAUACCAUCCAGUCUUCAGCCACCAGGAGGAUUGGGAAGCCCAUUAAAAGGCCAAGAACUGACCGGUCCUGGCAGUCCUGAUGACACCAUGGCUCCUUGGUUGGAGAAACCAUCAUGGACUGUGCUGGGAACAGUCAUGAACGCUCAGUGGGUGAAGCGGAAACAGGAGAUGCGGGGAACACGUCCGUGGUGACAGAGCAGAAGAUACCACUUGGCACUGACACUUUUAUUAAUACAUUUAUAUUUUCACAGAAUAAACCAUUUUUGUAGAAUUUAUUAAAGCAUAGACUGUGAUUUGUUGAUUUCA